AUGAUGUGGUUGAAUACCGUUACGAUCGUCGACAAUGCGACCUGGGAAAAUGGUGUCUCGUUGGCCAAUCUGCGAGCAGCCCUGAAGCAGGUGCUCGUCGAAAACGAGCUGCUUAAGCUGCGCAUCGUGGACGCGCGGUGCUGCAAUAUGAGGGCAGCGACUCUGCUCGCUGUGGACGGCAUGGAGCAGGAGAUCGCUGAGCCAGGCUCACCCCCACCUGCCCCAUCCUCCCCGUCCCUUGCACCAUCUUCGCCUACCCCAAAUCAGCGCUUCUCCUACACCAGGCGGAGCUUGGACGAGUGA